CCAUUCCAUUAAGACGGUAGCAGAUUUUUUAAACAAAGAUCAAUUGCUGCAAAAUUUCCAUUUUUAAAAACUCUUGGGUUAUUGAGUACACGGGCGUAAUGUCAUAAUAGAGAUAAAAUUAGUAACGACCUAAAUGUCGUAAUUAAUCACAAUUCACUUUUACUUUCAAAUUUACCGCUAUAUGGAAUUCAUGCUAAUGAAAUAUUAAUGACGAAUAAAAUCAACAUACUGAAUUUAGUGUUUAAAUGCUGUAGAAAGCGUAAAAAAAGCAAAAAAGAUGAAUCAUCGUAAAAUUGAAUGAAAUUCAUUAUCUAUUAUGGCUACCACCAGUAGUUCAGAGGACAGUACAGCUCCCAGAGAUUUCCAUUUAUCUUCUUCCACGGACAGUGGCAGUCGGUUAAGCCCUAACAGACAGCGUUGCCCUUUAUGUCGCAAGUUUAGGAAAGUUUUUUAUUGUAAAGAAUGUAUUCACAGUGGGUUAUUUUACAGUUCCAAACAAAAGAUUGCUGAAAGUUGUUUUGAAAAACAGAGAGCUCUAUUAGAAUUAGAAGAUAAUAAAAAUACUUUAGAGAAGAACUGUCUUAAAUUGUUGGAUAAUAGACGAAAAUCUGAUAUAUUGAGUUCAAAAAUAAGACAGGCAAAAGAUAGAACAAAAAUACUAAGGUUGGCUUUAGAAGAAAAGAGAUACAGACGAACAAUCAAUAACACAUCACUGGCAACGUUAAGGGAUAAAAAUGAAAGGGGAAGUAAAAGUUUACCAAAAUACGAUAACAAAGUUCAUGAAAUUGAAUCAUUUGUGUGUUCUAAACAAGAAAAAGUUGAGAAAACUAGAGAUAGUGUUAAGGAGAAACAAGAAGAACUCAAAAAACUUGUCAAGUUGAGAAUACAGCAACUUUUCAAAUAUAUUUUUCCUAUUACCAUUGUGAAUCCAAAUUUGGAAAUUGAAAGAUCUACUGAUAGUAUGGUAAAUGCCUUGGCGGAGGCAUCCCAAUCUACUGAUCGCUGGGAUUAUUCAUAUUAUACAGGGGAAACGAGAUAUUGUAUUGCAGGGCCUACAUUACCAGUGUCAGGAAAUUAUUCUGCUUAUAAUAUUUGGGUUGCUCAAAAUCAGGACGGAGUUCCUAAUUCAAAUAUCGCCAGUUCAGUUGAAAUAAAUCCUGCUUAUAGCAUUAGUGCUGCACUUACAUACACAGCACAAUUAAUUAGUGUUUUAUCCUAUUAUCUCAACAUCAAACUUCCAUAUAAAAUGCAAUAUAGUGACUAUUCUGAUACCUUCAUGAACGAACAAAGAUUCGCAAGAAGAACUGCAAGAUUAAACGCCAACAUACUCUAUUUGUGUUUUCAUCAAAAAGUCGAUUUAACCUCUUUAAAUUCCACAAAAACGAUACACAAUAUUCUGCAACUCAUCGAGAAUUCAAGCACGGAUUUGGGGUGGGACGGUCCUGUACAGUAUGAUUUUAAUCGAGCUAUUGCUCUAGCACAGAAUUUAUCGAGUGAUCUUAAAACUAACGAAGACUCCGAUUCAGAAGAGGGAGAUUCUUUCCCAGCAGAAUGGGAAGCUGUACCGCAUGUACAGUGUCCUGAAAUAUCUGCGGGUCCUGCUAUUAGCCAAGCACCUCAGAUGAUCAGUACGCAACAAGCCAGCAGUAUGGCUGGCGGUUUAGUAAACAGUGCUGCCGCCAGUAUAGCGUCGAUAUGGCGCGGAUUUACUGGCAGGUAGUUUUUGUUACCGUAGGUUUUUAAAAAAUUUUAGUUAUCAAAUUGAUAUUAUACAAUUUAAUGUGUUUUAUAUAAAAGAAACAACAAAAUCAUAAGUUAAUUUUGUUCUUUAUUUGUCACUUUUUAUAUGUUUAUUCACAGUGAACAAUUUGUAUCUACCUGGAACCUGAAAAAAUUUGUUUAAAUAGUUUUUACUUGUGAUUUUGAAGUCUUCGGUGUAAUUUAUCAUCAUUCACAUUGUGAAGUGUCUAGAAACAUCUAAUCCUGCUUUUUUUCUGUCCGCCAUUUUGAUAUUUGAAACAAAAUUGUAAAUAGAAUGGUAUUUGUGCAAAUUUCAUAUAACUAACCUAAUUUUUAUUUCACUAAAAACAUUAAAUUUUCCUAUAGCUACUGUUUCAAAUUUAUUUUCAUGUCUUCAAUACAUGUUUUUAUUUUUCCACAGUGUAUGUUUGUACUGGCAGAAUUGAUUUAUUUCAUUUAUUCUUUACUUUUAGAAUCUCUUCACAAAAGUUUGCGUCUCAAGUAAUAUUUUAUAUUUGGAUCAAGUUUUAAAGAUUAAGAAUAAAAUAGACAUUUUAAAACAUCACAUAGAAUUAGUCCUGAAUCCACUGUUUAUCUGAUCCUUUGAACGGGAUAUGAACUAGCAAGAUCAAAGUACUAGUGUAAUUGAGGUUAUGGGUACAAUAUCAGGCUAAACCCACAAAAAUUCAAUAUACACAUAAUCCAGCUGGUUGGUUAAUAAUUAUAUGUGGAUUAUUUUCACUUAUCAAAAAUGUGAAAUGCUGGAACAUUAGACACCACCAUCCACAAACGAAGAAAACACCCAUCACGUAACAAGACUUCAGACACCAAAUAAAUUAUUCAUAGAGAAUUUCCCUUCAUUACUGUAGAAGAAAAGGUGACCAUAGAAGAUAUAUUUCAUCAGAUUUAGAUAAAAUUGUAUCGGUUAUACUCAUAGGCAAAAAUCAUAUUCCAUAUUUGGGAAAAACUUUCGAUGAAUAGUACAAUUUGCAUUUUUAUCCCCAGAUUUCAGACUCCUGUCGAUGGAGCUGGAAAACAUCAACUAGAAUGCGAAAAGGACCAUACAGAGUGCUAAAAUAUGAUAUCGAGUGAUAUGUAUUCACCCGAUGAAUAGUGGCCACGAAAAUUUUCUAUUACUAAAAGCAGUUGAGGACGUAUUACUUCUGUAAUCAUGACUUGGGUCCUCGUUCAUUUUUAUAUAGGAUGGAAUUCUUACCUCUAGAUACCAACAAAAGAUCGGAUUAAGCAUUUUGUUGAUCAGAAUCACACAUAAAUAUCUCAUUAGCAUUCAUGUAUCAUAAAAAUCACUGAUAUAUUAUUAACUUAACUACAGUAAUUUAAUAGAAAAAAGUAGGUGAGUAUCAGUGAGGUUUUCGCCGUAACGGUUCCACUGUUAGUAUAAUGUCGAUCUUCACUACAUCUUCAUUGAUUUACACCAGGCGUACGACAGUAUCCUCAGAGACCUGGUGAAGUUUAGCGCCCCAAAGAAGUUGGUGCGUAUGAUUAGAAUUACAAUAAAGGUUUAUUGGUGGGAAAAUUUAGUUUAAAAUCUACAGUCUCUGAAGACGAUAACUUGGUUAUCAAAACGCGUAUCAGACAGUAUAAUUGUUAGUGUUGGUGUAGUGUGUUCAGUAUGAAUAACAACAAAGGUGAAUAAUCCAACUACGAAGUAGAUUUGUAACGAAAUUAAAUCCUUUGUUAUAUGAACAAACAUUAAGAAUCGGAUUGACCUGAAAGAGGAUGUUUACAAGCGAAGGGAUUUUCUCGUUUUCUUUAUGACGUCUCACGGACUCACAGUCUCAAUUACGAGUGUCGGUACACAGUUUGCUUAUCAUAAAUUUCAAUCUAUAGUUAAUAAAAAUUGUUUUACGUUAGUAGUUUAAGAAUUUUUCGUAUGCAUAGAUUUUUUUUUCGUUUUUCGUAUAUUCUAUGAUGUUUCCCAGGUUUUUGACUACCGGAAAUAUUUUUUGAUAUGAUUAUAAAAAUGAUAGAAUUUAGAAAAAAUUUUUUUUGUUUAUCCCAACCAUGACGCUUAAAAUUUUUUGAAUUAUUAAGUUGAAUUUUGACUGGACUGAUGAUGUAGGUUAUGGUCAAAAUAAAUAAGUUCGAACGUUGAAUGCUAUAUUUUAAUUUCAGCAGCUGAGACAUGAAUUUUUGACAAUAUAAUUGAAAUUUUGUAAAUAUUUUGUCUAUUUCUAGAAACUGAAAAUGUGUAGCACAAAACGUUGAUUUUUGUAUUCGCUUUGUAUAAACGUGCCAAUAUUUUUUUAUUACAAAAUUUCCAAAAAGCAAG